AGUUACACAACCAGCCCCUUUCUUUUCUCCACGAUCAACGACGAAGGUCGAAUACGAUCGCCAUUUUCCAGUCUCUCUCUCUCUCUCUCUGUGUCUUCGUUCAAUCUUAUCUCAGUGAUUUACUUGCAAGAGAAGUAUCCUCUUAAGCUCUCUCUAGAGUCUCAGUUUUCUUUUUCACACCAUGGCCGGCCAAAACGCGCGUUUGAAUGUGGUCCCCACUGUCACAAUGCUCGGUGUGAUGAAAGCUCGUCUCGUCGGAGCCACAAGAGGCCACGCUCUCCUCAAGAAGAAGAGCGACGCUCUAACCGUUCAGUUCAGAGCCCUUCUCAAGAAAAUCGUGACGGCCAAGGAAUCGAUGGGAGAUAUGAUGAAGACAUCUUCUUUCGCUCUCACCGAAGUCAAGUACGUCGCCGGCGAGAACGUCAAACACGUCGUCCUCGAGAACGUCAAAGAAGCCACGCUCAAAGUCCGGUCAAGGCAAGAGAACAUCGCCGGGGUGAAGCUCCCCAAGUUCGAUCAUUUCUCCGAAGGAGAGACCAAGAACGACUUGACCGGUUUAGCUAGAGGUGGGCAGCAAGUCCAAGCUUGCCGUGUGGCUUACGUGAAAGCCAUUGAGGUUCUAGUCGAGCUUGCUUCUCUCCAGACUUCGUUCUUGACGCUUGACGAAGCGAUCAAGACGACUAAUCGGAGGGUGAACGCUCUGGAGAACGUGGUGAAACCGAAGAUUGAGAAUACGAUCAGUUACAUCAAAGGAGAGCUUGAUGAGCUCGAGAGGGAAGAUUUCUUUAGGCUGAAGAAGAUUCAGGGAUACAAGAGGAGGGAAGUCGAGAGACAGGCUGCUAAUGCUAAGGCCUUUGCUGAGGAAAUGGUUCUUGAAGGGAUCUCUAUGCAGAGAGGGAUUUCGAUAAACGCUGCUCGUGAUUUACUUGCUGGUGGUGCAGAGAAGGAUGCAGACAUUAUUUUCUGAGGUGUGCGUGUGUGUGUCUGAGAGGCUCUCUAUUUAUAUUUUUGUUUGUGAUUGUUUGGUUUAUUAAUCGGUUCAUCGGAGUUUAUGUUUCUUCAAAUAAAAUGGAUUUGAUGUAGAUGAAAGAUUGUUGUAUCAUCUUGAGUUGUGAUUUGCUAUGAUUUUCCUGAAGAGGUUUGUGAUUGUUA